GGGAUAUGGGAAGUCACCAAGCAGAGUAAAAGCUGUUUCCAUCUCUGGCUUGGGUGCAGAAGAUACCAGGCUGGAACGACAGCCUGGGCUGUGCUGUCCCUCUCCCAGUUCCUGCUGGCUCCUGACAACUGGUGCAGAUGUGCCACCUCCUGUACCACGUGGGCAUUUUCCUCGUCUGCCUCCCAGUGGGGGCCAUCUACCUGCUGUGGGUGCUGUGGCUGCUGGUGACCAAGGGACCAUUGAAGACCUUCCACUGGAGGGUGCGGAAGACCCUCCCAUCAUGCCUCAUGGGCACUGCCUAUGGGAAGCACUGCUACCUGCGGCUUGAGAGCUCAAGGCUGCGCUUGCAUUAUGUCACAGCUGGUCCAGAGGAGGCCCCACUCAUGCUGUUACUGCAUGGGUUCCCGCAAAACUGGUACUGCUGGCGGCACCAGCUGCAGGAGUUUCGGAAGCGGUUCCGGGUGGUGGCGCUGGACAUGCGGGGAUACAACGCCUCGGACGCCCCCAGCGGGGAGGAGAGCUACGAGAUCCCGCUCUUGGUGGAGGAUGUGCGGGAGGUCAUCGAGAUACUGGGUACCAAGGACAAGCAGGGCUCCUCCAAAGCCAUUGUGGUGGGACACGACUGGGGCGGCGUCCUCGCUUGGGUGUUUGCUGCCCAACACCCUGACCUGGUGGAGAAGCUGAUCCUCAUGAACACCACAUGCUGCUCUGCACUGAUCGAGUACUCCAUCUGCCACCCCAUGCAGCUGCUGCGCUCCUCCUACAUGUUCCUGUUCCAGCUGCAGGGCUACGCUGAGCUCAUCUUGUCCCUGGGUGACUUUGCGCUGCUGAAGUGGUUCAUGAGCAGCAGGAUUGCAGGAAUCCAGAACCUGCAGCAGUGCCACACGGAGCAAGAGCUGGAGGCUUACAUCUGCGGCCUUUCCCAGCCAGGCAGGGUGACCGCAGCGCUUAACUACUACAGGGGCCUCUUCAGGAGGCCCUUUGUGAAGGAGAAGACUGUGCUGGCACCCACACUGGUGAUCUGGGGGAAGAAGGACGUGUUCCUGGAGGUUGGGCUGCUCACAGUCAUGCAGCGGUACUUCCACCGUGGGUGCCAAAUUGAGUGCCUCCCCCAGUGCAGCCACUGGGUGCCUGAGGACCAGCCUGAGAAGGUCAAUCAGCUGAUGUGGACCUUCCUGCAGGAGAACAGAUGAGGCAGUGCUGCAGCAGGGAUGGGGCCUGGGGCUGGGCCCAGGACCCCAUGGCAGAGGCCUGAGCCUGGCCUGGGCCUUGGGGAGGGCAGUGUUCACCUAUUCACCCAGGGUGGUUUGUGCCCAGCUGUGCCUCUCCCUUCUGACCGUCUGCCUGUGUGCCUGGAAAUUCAGUCCCAGACAGACAGCUUGAGAGAACCUGACCUCUCCCCACAUCUCACCCUCCUGGGCCCAUUUGCCAAGGACCCAGGGCAGUGGCUGCAGCAGAAUUCUCCCCAUUCACAGGGUAACCACCCCCUUUCCCUUCACCCACCAGGAUAGCUCCCUGUGUUCCCUAAGCUUGGCCCUCCUGGGCACAUCCAUACAUGCAGGCACGUACACUUGCAGCAGCUCAAAUAGAAGUGCAAAUUUGAGCCGGGGCUUUUUGCCUCGGUGCACAUGCUCGGACAUGCACUUU